AUUCUGCAAGUAUGCUUUUGUCCAGUGCAGCCUCUGUUAAAGAUGGACAAGCAAAAGUUGAACAAGGUGUUUACAAUGAAAACUCUGGUGUAGGAAAAACAGCAGUAAUUGAAGAAGAUGAAAUCCAAAAUGACCUUGAGACUGAUCUACAGGAAAAUAAAUUGGAAGAAGAACCUCAAGAUGUUGACCCAAGCCUAUUUGAUGACUUGGUAUGGGAGGUAGAAUGCACAGCCAAUCUGUGGAAACUACUGCGGGAGAAAAAGUUGGAAAUCAAAAUGAAAAGAAGAAUCAUAGAGAAAAUCCAAUUCCUUGGCAAUGGCCACUGGAGACAAGAUCUCUGCAAGAGACUGGAGGGGGCUGCCAAAAAUGCUGGAAUGAAGUUGUAUGAGGCCAAGCUGACCAAAGGGGCUCGUAUUCUCUGGGAACUGGCCAUUGCUUUCUCUCCACGUUGCAGUGAGAGCGCUGAGCAGAGACUUGGCAUGGAAUCUAUCAAAGAAGGGGUGGUUGGAGGGAGAAUCUACUCUGAAGUCAUCCGAGUGUGGGAUGUUGUCUUUGAUCACGAUAAUGUCUCCAGGAAAAUUGACAGCAUUGUAACAUCUUUCAACAGAGGACAGGAAUGUAUUAUUCAGAAGAAACUCAAAGGCAUGGAACGCAAGGACUUCCCUUCACACAAGUUCACUGAUCAGAGAAUACCUAUGUAUUUCCACGAGGUGGACACAGAGGAGAAGGAGCCACCUAACCCUCUGCCACAUAUGCCUAAACCAGAAUCUUCGACCAAAUUCUUUCCACCAGCAAGUGCCAAUGAGACAGAGUACCACAUCAUGAAAUUCUAUUCAUUCACGUCGGCUCUGGUCAACAAUGUUCUUCUCAACCAAGACACCAAAGUAGACUUUCCUUUCAGGGUAACAGAAUUAGAGCAUGCCAUUAUCAACUUGAACCCAAAACCACCACAAUCAAUCCUUCUACUAGGCAGGAGUGGGACAGGGAAAACCACCUGCUGCUUGUAUCGCCUAUGGACCUUCUUCUCACGUUACUGGGAGCAAGCCGCCAGGGCUGGAGAGCCCUUGAUUCCCCGUAGUGUCACCUUUGUGCACCAGGACGUAAAGGCAGAUAAGGCUAAUAACAAAGAUACAUCAGAAAUGUCUGAUUUUGGUGAUGAUGGUGAUGAUGAUGAUGAUGAUGAUGAUGAUGUAUCAGCUGAUGAAUCAGAAAAGUUGGAUGUAGCCAGCAAAGGUGCCACAUGUAACACAGAAGACUGCCAACAAGAACCUGGCAACACUCAGGAAGCCCCAAUCAUGGAACAUCUGCAUCAAGUGUUUGUUACUAAAAAUGCCGUGCUUUGCAGUGAAGUGAAGAGAAAUUUCAGGGAGUUGAGUCAUGCAUGGGAACCUGCCAAUGCUCAUGUUGAAGUGGAAGACCUUCCUUUGCCAAAUUGUCUACAGGAAGCCCACCCUGCUCAGUUCCCACUGUUUAUCACAGCCAAACAGUGGCUGAUGCUUCUUGAUGGAUCCUUGCUGAAUUCAUUUUUUCCACGCAACCAAGAUGGCAGCCUGAAGCGGCAUAUUCAGGGCUGGGGAGAAAAAGAAGCAAGUGUGACCUAUAUCCCUGAUCUGGAUGAUUCUGAUGGUGAGUUGGAGGAUGAUGAAGAUGACACAGUUUUACCAGGUGACCCUGAAAAUGAGGAUGUCGCCAACCAACCACAGCCGAAGGAAACCGAUCCAAGGCGAGAAGUAACAUAUGAGGUAUUUGCCAAUGAGCUUUGGACCAAAGUGAAUAAGGGAAAGAUUGACUACCACCCUACAUUGGUCUGGAUGGAAAUUAUGUCUUUCAUUAAGGGUUCUGUAGAGGCCCUGCACACUGAGAAGGGUGAGCUUUCCAGAGAGGGAUACCUAGAGCUUGGACAGAAGAGGGCACCCAACUUCUCCGGAGAUCGGAACAAGGUGUAUGACAUGUUUGAGAGAUACCGUCAGAUCAAGUUGACCAAGGGGCUGUUUGAUGAAUGUGAUGUGAUCAGCCAUAUUUACCGCAGAUUGAAAGAUAUUAAAGUCUUGCAGUGGAGCCUUCAUCAAAUCUAUGUGGAUGAAACCCAAGACUUUACCCAGGGUGAACUUUCCCUCUUCAUACGGUGUUGUCAAGACCCCAAUUCUUUAUUUCUCACAGGAGACACAGCCCAGAGCAUCAUGAGAGGAGUUGCCUUCCGUUUUGAUGAUCUCAAGACUUUAUUCCACUAUGCAAGCAAGUCUUUCAAAGCUGUGGGCAAGACAUCAGCAGUGGCUGUCCCCAAGAAGGUGUACCAGCUCACCCACAACUACCGAUCUCAUGCAGGUAUCCUGGACCUGGCAUCCAGUGUGAUUGAUCUCUUGGUGAAGUUCUUUCCAGAGUCUUUUGACAGACUGGAGAGAGAUCAGGGCUUAUUCCUUGGACCCAAACCAGUUCUUUUGCAGUCCUGUAGUUUCAGUGACCUUGCAUUACUGCUGAGAGGAAACAAAAGGAAGACGUCUGAGAUUGAGUUUGGCGCCCACCAGGUUAUCUUGGUUGCCAAUGAGGAGGCAAAGAGCAACUUGCCAGAGGAACUUAGUUUGGCCCUGGUGCUGACCAUCUAUGAAUCCAAAGGCCUGGAGUUUGAUGAUGUCCUGCUAUACAAUUUCUUCAAGGAUUCCCCAGCUUACAAAGAGUGGAGAGUUGUGACAGGUCACCUGGACAAGCUGCUGGAGCAGUACAAGUACAACCAAGAGAAAGGACAAGAUAAUCUUGUGGAACUGGAUAUUGAUGAAGAGUAUGACAAUGUCCGUCCUAGACCAUUAGACUUUAGCCCAGAGAAACACAAAGUAUUGAACUCUGAGCUCAAGUAUUUGUACACAGCUUUGACCCGGGCCAGGGUCAAUGUCUGGAUAUUUGAUCAGGACGAGGAAAAGAGGGCACCUAUGUUUGAAUAUUUUGUUCGAAGAAAGUUGAUGGAUGUUGUGGAGACAAGAUCUGACAGCAGCGAUGACGGUCUGUCAUCUGCAAUGUUUGCAUGUACUUCUACAGAAGAGGAGUGGGUGAAGAGAGGUGAUUAUUUCUAUAAUCACAAGUUGUACCAAGUAGCUGCUAAGUGUUACAGAAGAGGUGGUGAGGAAGUCCUGGAAAGAAUGUCCUUGGCUCAAGCAAGAGCUCUGAGUGCCGAGAGACUGAGAGAAAACCCCCACAAAUUGAAACAGGAGUUCCUCCUGGCCUCUGAGGAGUUCUUGCAGUGUAGUAUGCCAUCUGAGGCAGCCAAGUGUCUGUACAAUGCAAAGGAGUUCCUGUUGGCAGCCAAACUGUUUGAGAAGAUGGCAAAGUUCAGGGAUGCAGCUGUCCUUUACAAAAAAGUCAAGUAUUACCAGGAUGCUGCCAAUUGCUAUGAGCAAUCCUCUGACUUCAGGAAAGCCAUUGAGAUACAUGUGUCAGUGGAUCAGUUCCAGAAAGCAGCAGAUGUCCGUGAAAGAUACGACAUUAAAGUGCAGGAAUACAUGUCUCAUGGAAAGAUGCUGCCACAGGCUUUAAUAAAUGGAGCCCCAAGUCCUCUCCAUAGCAUGGACUAUCUUUGCUUUGAAGCUGCAAAAUUGCAUUUUCAUCGCAGAGAGUAUGAUGCCAUGAAUGCAGCCCUAUCACGCCUUCCCUUUGAACGACAACUUCAGUUUCUCAAAGAAAGAAACAACAUAGCUGGUGUUGCUGCUUUGUAUAAAAGGAAUGGUCAGUCCAUGGAAGCUGCAAAGUUUCUGAAGUCAAAGGGCAAAGUUGAGGAGGCACUGGAGUAUGCCGAGCGCUUGGAUGAUCCAUAUUUCAGAGCAGAGUGUCUCAUUAUAAGCAGCAGGAUGAAACUCCAGAAUAUGUCCAGUCCUACAAUGGAGGAAGGUAUCCUAAAGAAUUUAGAAGAAGCUGAAAAGCUCUUCUCUGCUUGUGAAGAUAGCAAUGGGCAGGCAGAAGCUCAGAUGUAUCUUGCCAAGUUGAGAAAAGAUAUCAAGCUCCUUAAAAGCUCUUCUGAUCUUUUCAAGAAAAAUCACAAUAUUGGUGGACAAGUGGAGGUGGUUGAAGUGCUAAUGGAGAUAGUUACAGAGCUGUUACCCAAGCAUGUUUUGCCAGUACGGGAUGCUGUAGAAAGUAUUGCCAACUUCCUCCUCAUUGUACAGAAAAGUCCAGUAAAACACACUCAAACUGAAAGGGCCAUGCUUGACAUCUGUGAGCUGUACUAUGGCAUAGAAAAGGGGGAUAGGGAACAAGUUAGGAAAGUAAAGACCAGUGAAGCUGCCAGGAUUGAUCUCCUGCUUACUGAAGAUUUGGAUAAAGAUCAAGUGCCAAAGAAUUUGGUCCAUGAGAAAAUGUGCCAGGAUCUUCUUAGGAAAGUUGGCAAUGGUGUAAACAAGUGUCGUGCAAUGAUGUGGAGCCACAUGAAAAAGCAAGAGAUUUGCCCUGACUUCAUUGCUGGGCAGCCCUGUCAAGAACUUGGAUCAUGUUCUAAACUGAGGCAAGAACCUAAGAGGAAUCAUCUGCUGCACCACUUGGAUAGCAUCCUCAGACUCAUUCAUUUAGAUUCUACUGUAGAAUGGGCAUGUGAGCAGCCUCACAAGGACACCAUCAAAAGGCAGCUUGAAGACCUGAGGCCCAAAAAAGAGCUUGGUGGAAGGUUUGGCUCUUGCCUGGCUUUGUACAAAUUGCUCUUUCCUGCUCAGGGUCACCACAGGAAUCUCUGCUCUCUUCCUGUUGAAGCUAGGGAAGUGAUGAAUAGGAUUAGAAGCUUGGCUGUAGAAGAUCAGUUAAAGAGAUGGGCAAAGUAUGAGUGGACAAAGUGUCCUCAAGAUCAGUUGUCCAACACAGAUUUGUUCCUGUUGAUCUUCAACGUACAGCGCCUGCUUAAGGUCAAAAUUGAAGUCUUGAAAGGAAUGCUUACAAAGACUGCUGAUGGCUACUCAGCAGAAGCUAGUAAGAAGGUUGCCCCACAUAAAGUGCCAAAGGACAUUGGUAUGGUCUAUGUAGGAGAAAGGGGGAACAGACACAUGUUCAUCAGUUUGAUGAGCAGGUUUAUCGAUUUCUCCAAAGAGCUCCAUAGCAAACUGGACCCCAUAACUGCCACGAGAGCACUGGUGCUGAACUUCAUCAGGAAACUUGCAGACCGUGCAACAGAGCCACUGAUGCCUUCUAUUGCCAAUACGGUUUGGAUGAUGGAGCUGGCCACUACCUUAUUCCUCAGCAUGGUAGCUAAAACUACCCCUGGCGUUGUCCUGUGCUUGCCGUCAGGGUACCUAGCUCAGCUGUCUCUCUAUGACUUCAUCAGGGAUGGAGAGUAUGCCAUGUGGAUGAGCCUGACACACUGCACAUGGCCUAGGGAGUGGUACCCCGUCGUUGCUAGGAUGAUGGUUACCAUGGUGAAGAUACUCUGUGGUAAUCACAACCCAAAGUUCAAUGUGAUUAAAGAUGCUUUCUCAUCUGUUGCAUACAUCAGGAGUGGGGAGACAGAACGGACCCUAGUUUUGAUGCUUACUCUCUUGUGCAACACCAACCAAGCCUUGCCUCCUGAUUGUGAAGUCCUGAUCCGCAGAUCCUUGAACUCCAUCAGACUUGACAGAGAAGUUUUGCCACAGAGGCUCUACAUGAGGGUUAAGGCAGCAAAAGAGGCAAGUGGGCUCCAAGGUAUUGUAGAAGUACUGCAAGAAGCGCUGCGUCACAGGGACCAGUGCCUCUAUCAAUGUGAGUGGGGUGUGAUUGGUAAAAAGUCCAACACUGCAAAGGGAUUGGUCAAUCAUCCAGUUAGACCUGCAUCUUUCUUCCCUACAUAUAACAUGCCUCUCACAGAUGUUCAAGCCACAGGAAUCAGCUACUCAGAUACAGGAAAGGAAGUAGAAAGCUAUGGGGAAGAGAUGGAGGAAUUCGAUGAGCAAGAGAUCCUAGAUGCAGAAAAGUCAGCCAAAAGACUUGAGAUGGAAAAGAAGCUUGUUGUUUGUCUUUUGGUAAUUCGAGCGUGCAGGAAGUUCAAUCAACUGAGACAAGUACCAAGUCAGGCAGCAUCUGCAUCGACCAAGGACAAUCGCCUUCCAAAUCUCAUACAACACAUCACUAUUGAUAACACCAUGUGCGGAUAUUGUGGAGUUUACUUCUCAAGUGCCCCUACAACUCAAGAUUGGGAAGAAGAAAAAGAAGAAAACCAAGCAUCACAGCAGAUGAGAUCAGUUUCUCCCAUCCCAACUGAUGAUACUGCAAGUUCACCCUUGCCCAGUGUUUCACCCCAACCAUAUCUGUAUCAGAGUCAGUUAUCAUGGGAACCUACUAAAAGUACAGACACCCAGUUUGCCUCACUGGAUGAGGCAGGGCACCUGUCAAGUAGUGCACAGCCCACCCACACCUUCAGUCCAAUAGAAGAGCAAGCCAGGCAGAGAAACAUUCAUGAGAAAACCAGGGACCAUUUUGAGAAAAUGCAGUAUUUUGGAAUAUUCCGCACAGUAUAUGUGAGACAAGUAUUACCUCUAUUGCAGAAAUGUGAGGAUUUUGAGCAACAGUUGCCCUGCGAAGAUGAACAAAAUGCAGAUGCUCUUCGUUUCAAGCUUCAUGGAAUUGCAAAUGCAAUCAUGCAUCUGAAAGAUACUGUGAAUAAUGUGAUUCAACAAAAGACAUGGGGAAGUACUCGAGAAGUUAUUCACCAAGCAGAAGAGGUAGCAAAACAGUUGAGAGCAGGAAUGCCCAUUUUUAAAGAGUGGCAGAGGGAGGCAGAGGCUGAGAAACACAGAAUAGCUGUAGCUCAGGAGAAAGCAGCUGAAGCUAUGGAUGAAGAGAUAGUCAUUGCACAUGAUGAAGAUGAGAAUCAGGUAGGCCAUCUCCUGACAGUGGCGGAAGGCCCAGAUGGUCAGAGACAGAUGAAGAAAAAUAAGAGGAAAAUGAAAGGGAAACGCAGCAGGCAGAAUUAGUUUUAAUUAAGUUAUUUUAUGUUUACUACAUGUAUAUACACAUUGUAUUAUGUUAUGCUGAUUUAGACCAUGUUCCAAAGAAAAAUCUUUUAAGAUUCUGUUUAGAAAUGUGAAAAAAUUCACAAAAGUUCACAUUUUUCAGUUUUGAGGAUGA